AUGUUUUCGAAUUCAAUAAAAUUAGAGAAUUUAAAUGACUAUAACAAUGAAGCUGAGAAAUGUAUUAAGCCCUUUUUAUAUAAUAAUUCAUCUAAUGAUAAUAAAGAAAAUGAAAACAUUAUACAAGUUGAGAGACCAAAUUUAAUAAAUAUAAAGAAAAUAAAAAAAAAGAAUUAUUAUAAUAAAAAAGAAAGAGGAGAAAUAUCGUUAACAGAUUGUUUAGCUUGUAGUGGUUGUGUUACGAAUGAAGAAACUACAUUUUUAAAAAGUCAGAAUUAUAUAGAAAUAAUAAAUACUGUAAAAAAAAAAAAAAUUAAUAUUAUGUCAUUAUCUUUACAAAGUGUCACAGCAUUAUCUGUAUAUUAUAAAUUACCAGUAUUAACAAUUCAAAAGAAAUUAUGUUUUUUUUUUAAAUCUUUAAAUUUUGAUUAUGUAUAUGAUUCAUCAUUAGGAGAAUUAAUAACAUUGAAUGAAGCAAAAAAAGAAUUUCUUGAAUAUUUUUUUAAAAAUAAUGAUGUAUAUGAAAAUAAUAUAUAUCGUUCAGAUGGUCAUGUUGAAAAUAUGAAUCAUAAGAAGAAAAAAAAUAUAUUCAUAUCGAAAAUAUUAAAUGAUAAGAAUAAAACAAAAAACAAAAUCCCCUUACAUAAUGAUAAUAUAAACAAUAUGGUUAGUAUGAAUAAUAUGAAUAAUACUUAUGAAGAUGAAGAUAAAUAUGUUUCAUUAUGCUCAAAUAAUUCAAGUAAUAUAUUUUCUUUACAAUAUAUAGAAAAACAAAUAGGAAAGAAAACACUUCCACUUAUAUGUUCUCAUUGUAGUGGUACUGUUUUAUAUGGAGAAAAAAAUUUUGAUGAUGAUAUAUUAAAUAGUUUUAGUAAGACAAAAAGUAGUCAAGAUAUUCAAGGGAUUAUUUUAAAAAUAUUACAUUUACAUAACAGUGUUAUAAAUACAUAUCCAUGUUUAAAUGAUUAUUAUAUUUACAAUAAUUUUUUUAAAUUAUAUAAUUAUAAAUUUAAUUGGAUAAGUAUAUGUAAUAAAUAUUUUAAUAGAAAUUAUAGAUUCAAUGAAAAUUUAUUAAAAACAAAAAAAAAAUAUAUUAAUAAUGAUGAUGAUGAUAAUAAUAUGACUGUAUUAAACGAUAUGGAAGUUUUAAAUAUAUAUGAUAUAAAUCAUGUUUAUUUAUUAUAUUGUUUCGAUAAAAAAUUAGAAGCUUGUCGAAUAUAUGAAGAACAACAGACUAGUAUAGAAAAUAAUAUGAAGAAUUAUUUAUCUGGUCAAAAUAUUGACUAUAAUAUAUUUGUAAGAAAUGAACAAAAUAAAAACAAAUUUUAUGGUGUUGAUGCAGUUAUGACAACAGUGGAACUGAUUGAAAUGAUAAAAAAUAUGAACAUUGAUUUUUAUACAUUACCUGAAUUAAAUAUUGAUAAUAUAUAUAAGCUUAUAAAAAGAACUUGUCAAAAUUAUGUGUCUGGGUCAAAUAAUAUAACAAGUGGUUUGUCUGAUAUAUUAAACGAAAGGGAUACAAACAACAACAAUAAAAAAAAAAAAAUAAAUAAUAAUAAUAAUAUCAACAAAAAUAAUAAUAUUAAUAGUUGUAGUAGUAGUAGUAAUAAUGUGUGUAGUGUUGAUGAAUAUUUAUAUGUCAACACUAUAAAUGACAAAGAAGAAAAAAAAAAAAAUAAGGUAAUAUUAUCAUAUUUUGAAGAAACAAAAUAUAUGAAAUAUAUUUAUGAUGAUUUAUUUUUACGUUAUUUAAUUCGUAGCAGUCAUAAAAAUAAUAUAUCUAUGGGAUAUGGAGAAGAAAUAUUUAAAUAUGUGUGUAAAGAAAUAUUUAAUUUUGAAGUUGAUAAAGAAUUGGGGUUAAAUUUAAAAUAUGAAGAUAUAAUUGUUCUUUCUUUAUUUAAGAAUAAUACUUGUAUGUUUAGGGUUAUCUUAUCAUAUGGAUUUAAGAGUAUGCAUAAUGUUUUGAGAAAAAUAAAAGAAUUAAAGAAUGAGAACAUAAAGAAUUAUAAAAAUAUGGAUGAACAAAUAUCACAUGUUGAUGAUAAUAAAAAUGAAUAUGAUAUUAAUAUUACAUAUAAUCUUAGAUUUAUUGGAAGAAUUGAUUAUGUUGAAUUAAUGGCAUGUGAAAAAGGAUGUCUUUUUGGAUGUGCUCAGAAUAUUUUUUCACAACAUGUUGAGAAAUUUUCAAAUUGUUCAUGUAAUAAUAUUGAUAUAUUUAAAAAAAUAGCUAAACAAGAAGUUAUUUCUAAUUUCGACUUUUUACAAGUAUCAAAUGAUAAUAAAAAGAAAGAAAGAAAAAAAUUCUGCUGUAAUGAAAAUCAUAAAAAUUAUAUAAUGAAUUCAUUAUAUAAGGAGAAUAAUAAUAACAAUGAAUAUAUUAAUAAUAAUGAUCAAGAACAUAAUAAUAUAUUUAAAUAUAAAGAUAAAGAAAAAUUGUUUAUGAAAUUAUAUGAUACUAUGCAUGAUGAUAAAUAUACUUUAUAUGUAAACUCAAAUCAUUGUAUAUAUGAUGAAACUAUUAAUUCUUUUUUAAAAAAUAUAUUUCACGCAUUUAAUCAUGGAACGUUUCAUCUUUUUAAAGCAACCUUCUCUUCAAAAAAAAAAUUGGACAUAACCAAUUGGUAG